UAUAACAAAGGGUUUAUCUAUCUGGACGUACCUAUCUCUGAUGACAGCUGUAUAGCAGUGCCUCCCCUCGAAGGCUUUGUGAUGAAUCGCGUGCAGGGGGACUAUUUUGAAACUCUGCUCUACAAGAUAUUUGUGUCCAUAGACGAGCACACGAAUGUUGCAGAGCUUGCGAAUGUCCUUGAGAUAGACUUAUCCCUGGUGAAGAAUGCCGUUUCAAUGUAUUGUCGGUUGGGCUUUGCUCAUAAGAAGGGGCAAGUAAUAAAUUUGGAUCAACUUCACUCAUCCUGGCGGAAUGUUCCAUCUGUAAACAGAUUAAAGACGACUUUCGACCCACAAAAAAUGCUCCUCUCCUGGGAUGGCGGGGAGAGUAGGAGCCCCGUCCAGGACGCUUCCUCGGCCACAGACACCGACACCAACAGCCAGGAAGAUCCAGCUGACACUGCCAGCAUAUGCAGCCUGAGCCUGUCCACUGGAUAUACCAAGCGCAUCGCCUUUCUGUUUGAUUCGACGCUGACUGCCUUUUUAAUGAUGGGCAAUCUCUCACCAAACCUGAAAAGUCAUGCCGUCACAAUGUUCGAGGUUGGCAAGCUCUCAGAUGAGUCUCUGGACAGCUUUCUGGUAGAGUUGGAGAAGGUCCAGAGUACUGGGGAAGGAGAGGCACAGAGGUACUUUGACCACGCACUGACUCUGAGGAACACCAUCCUGUUUUUGCGUCAUAACAAGGAUCUAGUUGCACAAACUUCACAGCCGGAGCAGCCCAACCAUGGUUUCCCUCUGGACCUCCUGCGCUGUGAAAGCCUCCUGGGUUUGGACCCCGCGACCUGCAGCCGUGUCCUGAACAAGAACUACACUCUGCUCGUCUCCAUGGCCCCGCUCACCAAUGAAAUCCGGCCCAUCAGCAGCUGCACGCCCCAGCAUAUUGGACCGGCUAUCCCCGAAGUCAGUUCUGUCUGGUUCAAACUGUACAUUUACCACAUCACCGGGCAAGGACCACCGUCUCUCUUACUGUCCAAAGGUACAAGGCUUCGAAAACUGCCAGACAUAUUCCAGGGCUAUGACCGAUUACUGAUAACAUCUUGGGGUCACGAUCCCGGAGUUGUCCCCACGUCGAACGUGCUCACCAUGCUGAAUGACGCGUUAACACACUCUGCGGUUUUAAUCCAGGGCCAUGGUUUGCAUGGGACAGGAGAAACGAUCCAGAUACCAUUUCCAUUUGAUGAAACAGAACUACAAGGAGAGUUUACUCGUGCCAAUAUGGGAGUUCAUAAGGCCUUGAAGAUACUAAGGAAAAAAGUGGACUUGCAGCAUUUCUGUGGCUACGUCACUAUGCUGAAUGCCACUAGCCAGCUUGUCCACAGAAGACUCAGUGAUGCUUCUGACGAGAGAGGGGAACCUGAUUUGGCUUCAAGCUCAGACGUAAACGGGAGCACCGAGUCCUUUGAAAUGGUCAUUGAGGAAGUCCCUCUAGAUACAGCGACAAAGUCGAGCUCUGGCGCCACAGCUGAAGCUGAUUGGGUUCCUCUUGAGCUGUGCUUUGGAAUUCCCCUGUUCAGUUCUGAGCUAAACCGGAAAGUGUGCCGGAAAAUUGCUACACAUGGCCUUUGCAGAAAAGAGAGCCUUCAAAACCUCUUACAUUCCAGUAGAAAACUCUCUCUACAAGUCCUGAACUUUGUUCACUCAUUCCAGGAAGGUGCUUCAACUCUGGACAUCCAUACAGAGGCCAGUUUCCCAAGCUUGCUUUCACAGCCAUCCAAUGCCGACGCAGGAGUUCCGCUUCCUGCCAAGAACUUAAUGUUUAAAGACGGGAUCCUGUCGGAGUGGAGUGGACGGUCUCCUUCCUCACUUCUUAUCGCUAACCUCCACUUGCAAUAAUCUGGUCCCCGCCUUUGUUGCUCACACGUUCUGCCUUUUGCUUUCUGAGCUUUAGCUUUCCAGGGCCGGCCACUAGAAUGCCGCCGCCGCCGCCGCGGCCUUCCUGCAUCAGUGGCAGGUGCAGGCCAGGGGGCGGGGGACUGUGUGCUAAGCGAUGUUCAGCACUGCACACCCUGAUGCAAGGAAGAGCUGUUUCGCAGUCAGUGCUGUGUUUUUUUACCUUGAGACAAUCUGCAUUUCUUUUCUAGAACCCGAGGGUCGACUCUACCAGCUAUGUGAUGACUGUUAAUGUUCAUAAGCAGUCCCUAUGAUAUUGCAAUGGUAAUUUUAUAUUGUUAGUUUAUCAGACAUGGACCUUGUUUAAUUUUCUAUUUUGUUACUUAUACUCUGGGGAAUCGUGGGAAGAGAAGGAACUCUUUCUGGGAAAAUUCAGCAGACUUGUCAGACCGCACACACGCAGUGUGGAAAGGCAUUCCGAGUACUUGGGGGUGGCUGUCACGUGGGUCUGCCGGGUGAACAGUGUUGGCUGUGGAGUCAGCACAGGGCACAGUGGUGUAUGAGGUUGGAACGAUUCAUUCACAUCUCAUGAAAAGCUUGGGGAAACUUUUGAUUUUUAAGCAAUGUCUUUAUGUGGAUUUCUGUUGUCACUCCCUUCAGACUCUGUAUUUUUCAUAGAGUCUUUGUGGGAAAAGAGUUUGGGUUUGUUUUGUUUUUCCUUGUCUCAUCUCCUGGUAGCUGUGGCUACAGAAUGUGUAUUAACUGUACCAAUGACUAGUGUGGAAGUGGAGUUUGAUGUUUUUAAAUCAAGAGUUGUGUGAUUCAGGGCAGCAUUUCACUGAGGGCACCAAGGUCUUCUGAUCAAGACUAGUGACACACCUACUCUGAAGGUCACCUUGUAAGCAAUCUGGAUCUUAACCGUGUGUGGAUAGUUCUGGAAGAACAUGAUGAAGACAAAUUGAACAAUUCCUCAGUAGUUUCUACCGUGUUGCCUGGGUCACUGAUUCUUUUAGUACCUCAGAUGUUAAUUCGAGUAAUUAAAAAUCACUUUUUAGACUUCUCCAGUUGCCUUCCUUAGGAGGUUUGUGCAGUAUUAUAGUUUAGCGUAGCACCUCUCUAGAGUACUAAUUGUCUGCUAGUAAAAACUGUAACCAAGCUAGCUGGUCAAGCAAUUUAUAGCUAAAACACUUCAAACUUUAGAAUGUUUGGGAAUGUUAUAACUAAAACAUUUUUGCUCAUUAUUUUUUGUUUGGUUGUUUUUAGAUCUCUUUUUGUGUAUUGAGUAUACUUUUGGAAAGAUACACCUUUCUUAAAACUGUUAACAUAACCAUGUAUUCGGUACCCUAGCCUAUCUAGAGAAUUGCAUAUUUUGGACCAGGCUUCCAGUGGCAGCGCCAACACUGGGUUUGGGAUAAAUGCUGUUAACGGUUGGUUUUCUCCUUUGUCUGCCAUGAGGUAGAAGCCUAGUGUAUGUUAAAAAUGUAUGUCUGUAUUGGGAGAAAUGUAUACUAAUAUUAAAGUAAUUUCUUAUGACUGUGAAUCACGCAUUUAUUUUUCCAAUGACUGAUGAUGCACAUUCCGAGUACUAUUAGGUAUGUAUGUAACUCUUACAGGUUCUCAGCUGAAGGCUGUGAAGUGCUUCUUUGGAUAAGGGCUCUCUAAGCUCCUUUCCAUUGGCUUUGUGCUGGUCAGCACUACUUGUUUUAUUUACUCAUGCAUCAGCCACCCUGCGUCCAGUGGAGUGACCAACACUAAUAAAGAAUGGCCGUCUGCAGUGCACCCAUGGUUGGUGAAUUUAAAGUUUAAAAUCUGAGAGUCAAUUGGCUGCUAUGUUUCCUAUGGGCACAACAUAGAACCUAGUCUGAUCAUGGAUACUCGAGGAAGGAGUUUUAAACACGGGGUCAGCUCCAGCGCGGAGCAGGAGACAGGGAAAAUGAACCUCUCGGCGUCCAUGUCCGGCGGGCACUCCACAUGGGAAGUUGCGCAGAGUCCCCGUCAUCGCCGCUCCUCUGCUCAGCUUUGUGAGGUGGUCUGCUUCCUUCCUGUGUUACGCCUGUAAAAAUGUAUCGCUGGAAUUAAAAGUGUUGACCCAGUUCAACAAAAAGGUGAAGUUAGAAUAUAAACUUUGUUAUUUGCCAAAGAAGAUUCAUUAAAUAUUCUUAACUGA